AUGAAAGAACCAAUCCCAACAUCAAUCAACGCCCCUGCCAACUCCUUAUCCUCCCCCGAACCCCUCCGCUUCCUAGUAAUAGGUGCUGGCUCACGAGGAAAUGCCUACGCUCGCGCCGUAACAACAGCAACAGCAGGUAAAAUCCACUCCAUUGCCGAGCCACAUAUCUCCAAGCGCCGCGCUUUCGGCAAGAACUACAUAUGGGCCGAGUCGGCGAGCGAGGGACAGGAAUUCAGCGAUUGGCGCGAUUGGAUAAAGUGGGAAGUUGAACGCAGGGAACGCGCUCAGCAUGAUCCGCAUACUGCGGUUGGUGUGCAUGGUGUGUUCAUCUGCACGCUCGACGAAACACAUGUUGAAAUUGUGCGUGCUCUUGCGCCCCUGCGACUCCAUAUCCUCUGUGAAAAGCCGCUUGCACUUUCGCUUGAUGAUUGCCUGAGCGUGUAUCGUACGCUUCAACCACCCGAUGAGUUGGGAAUGCCCGCGCCGCCAACGAACAUUUUCUCAAUUGGCCAUGUCCUUCGCUACAGUCCCCAUAAUAUCCAGCUUCGGAAACUCCUGGCUGAUCGUGCCAUUGGUGAUAUUGUCUCCCUUGAACACUGUGAACCUGUUGGUUGGUGGCAUUUCUCGCAUAGCUAUGUGCGCGGAAAUUGGAGACGUGCUACUGCUGCGGGUGAUGGAUCUCUUCUUACAAAAUCCUGUCAUGAUAUUGAUUUUAUUCUUUGGUUGCUUUGUUCACCUCUUUCCCCGGAUGAGACAGAUAGCUCGCAAGCACAAGCCUGCAAGCCGCAUUUCCCACGCUCGAUAUCCUCUGUCGGGACGAUGACGCAGUUCCGUCGUGCACGUAAGCCUGCUGGCGCUGGCGACGCGACUAACUGUGUUUCUUGUCCCGUCGAGCGGAACUGUAGCUAUAGCGCUGUCAGAAUCUAUAAUGAUCGCCACCUUGUUACAGGACACAUUGCAUGGCCGGUUGAUAUUGUCUGUCCGGAUAUCGAGGAUGUUUUCCGCUCGCGCGGCAGCGAAGCAGCCGAGUCUCUGCUUCUCUCUCGUCUCGGCGAAGACUAUGAUAAAAAAACCGUGGCUGAUGAGAGCAUCGCCUCGCGGCCUUGGUAUGGGCGCUGCGUUUAUGAGGCUGACAAUGAUGUCUGCGACGAUCAGGUUGUGACUAUCGCUUGGGAUGAUGAGGGGGUUGCCCCGCAUCGACUGGCUAAAACGGCCUCGUUUCAUAUGAUUGCUCCUACAGAGAAACAGUGUGAAAGACGGGGCCGUGUUUACGGUACGACUGGUGAGAUUGCGUAUGAUAGCCACACUAUCUCGGUGUAUGAUUUUGCGACCGCUAAGACUGAAAUUAUCAAUGUGCCCAAGCCGCCGCCUGAUCAGAAAGAGUCGCAUGGUGGUGGGGAUUACGGGCUUGCGAGACAGUUUGUCAGUGCUGUUGAGGCGGUUGAAGAUGGGUUGGAUGUUGAGACUGCCCAGACGCGGUUUGUUGGUUGUUCGCUUGAAGAGGCGGUUCGGAGUCAUGCUGUUGUCUUUGCGGCUGAGGAGGCGAGGAGAGACGAAAGGGUUAUUAAAUGGGAGAGUUGGUGGGAUGAGAAGUUGAAGGCUUCUGCUGCUGCAUUCAAGACGUAG